AUGGCCAUGUUCCAAGUCCAGCACAAUCAUCAUGGAGAAGACUUCCACCGGUUCUUCCAUCGCGGGCGAAGUUCAAUGUCGGCUAUUGACGAUAGAAAGGCAGACGAGUUUAGGAGACAUGUUUGGGCUGUUACUAUGAUUGACGAGCACCCUUCAGAGCAAAUACAGGUACAGACGCAGACUCAGACACAAGCUCAAGCUCAGACGCCAAAGAAGAAGCACACUCGUCGAUCAAGUGACCUUGUGUAA